UGUCUUUUUUUUGGCUUCUCUCACUCUACUCUCUCAGUCAAGAACACCAAAAACCAAGCUUUAGAUCUGAGAAUAAUCCUGAAACCCACAAAAACGGCUAGGUUGAAGACUUAGCACAAAUGGCAGUAGCUGAUGCACAUGACCCUCUUCUCGGAGAAACCACUUGUGGUUCUUUGCUGCAGAAGCUUCAGGAAAUUUGGGAUGAAGUUGGUGAAAGUGAUGAGGAGCGAGACAAGAUGCUUCUACAAAUAGAACAGGAGUGCUUGGAUGUAUACAAGAGGAAGGUUGAGCAGGCUGCAAAGUCCAGGGCACAACUUCUUCAGUCAUUGUCAGAUGCCAAGCUCGAACUUUCCACUCUUGUAUCAGCUCUUGGAGACUUGAGUUUUGUUGGCAUUCCAGAGAAGACUUCAGGAACAAUCAAGGAACAGCUUGCAGCUAUAGCACCAGUACUUGAACAGUUGUUGAAACAGAAAGAGGAGAGAGUGAAGGAGUUUUCUGAUGUGCAGUCACAGAUUCAGAAGAUAUGUGAGGAAAUUACUGGUACCCUAAGUGACCAAGCAGGGGCUCCUGCAGUUGAUGAGUCUGACUUGUCGCUGAAGAAGUUAGAUCAAUAUCAAGCCAAAUUCCAAGAACUUAAGAAAGAAAAGAGUGAUCGACUGCACAAAGUCCUUGAAUUUGUGAGCACCGUACAUGAUCUCUGUGCUGUCCUUGGGAUGGAUUUCUUAAGUACCAUAACUGAAGUUCAUCCAAGCUUGAAUGAUUCCACAGGUGUUCGGUCAAAAAGCAUUAGCAACGAUACACUAUCUAGGCUGGCCAAGACAGUCUUGGCUCUAAAAGAGGAUAAAAAGCAGAGGCUUCAUAAGCUUCAAGAGUUAGCAACUCAACUAAUUGAUCUGUGGAAUCUGAUGGAUACCCCUGAAGAAGAAAGAAGAUUAUUUGACCAUGUUACCUGUAACAUGUCUGCAUCUGUUGAUGAAGUGACCGUUCGCGGUGCUCUUGCUUUGGAUCUGAUUGAACAGGCGGAGGUGGAAGUUGACAGGCUUGACCAGCUAAAGUCUAGCAGAAUGAAAGAAAUUGCUUUCAAAAAGCAAGCUGAGCUUGAGGAAAUAUUUUCCUGUGCUCAUAUAGAGAUAGAUUCAGAGGCUGCUAGAGAAAAGAUUAUGACACAGAUUGAUGCUGGGAAUAUUGAGCCUGCUGAGUUACUUGCAGACAUGGAUUGUCAGAUAGCAAAAGCAAAAGAAGAAGGACUCAGUAGAAAAGAAAUUCUGGACAGGGUUGAGAAAUGGAUGUCAGCCUGUGAAGAAGAAAGCUGGCUUGAAGACUAUAAUCGGGAUGAGAACAGGUAUAAUGCAAGUCGAGGUGCCCACUUAAAUCUCAAGCGUGCUGAGAAAGCCCGAAUUCUGGUCAACAAAAUUCCAGCUAUGGUUGACACCUUGGUUUCCAAAACUCGGGCUUGGGAAGAAGAUCGUGGGAUACCAUUCACUUAUGAUGGUGUUCCACUCCUGGCCAUGCUUGAUGAAUAUGCCAUGCUCAGGCAAGAAAGAGAAGAAGAGAAGAGGAGAUUGAGGGAUCAGAAGAAGUUCCAUGAGCAGCAAAACACAGAACAAGAGAGCGUUUUUGGUCCAAGGCCUAGCCCUGCUCGACCAGCCAGUAGUACCAAGAAGGUGGUAGGGCCUAGAGCAAAUGGAGGUGCCAAUGGAGCCCCAAACAGACGGCUGUCACUUAAUGCUCAUCAAAACGGCUCCAGGUCCACAACUAAAGAGGGGAAGAGGGAUAGCAUUGGUGCAAGGCCAGCUGCACCUGUUAACUAUGUUGCCAUGUCAAAAGAGGAUGCUGCAUCCCAUGUUUCUGGUACAGAUCCAGUUUUGGCAUCACCAUGAUGACAAUUAGUGGUUAGAUGUUUCUUGUAGGCAUAUAGCUUGUUAUAUGAGAGUAACGGGUGGAGUGAACAGUUAUUAGAAGUAUGUGAUAUUGGCAUUGAGAAGCUGGUUUUGAUCCCUUCUGCUUUAUUUACUGCAACUGAAUUUUCUUGUGGCAUUUGAAUAAAACACAAGAAACCAA